AUGGCUGCCCAAGGAGCUCGUGACAAAACUCCCAUUGGCCACAUAGAGAUUCCAAUUUCAUUUCCAUUAGCUACAGAUCAAAUCAGACUACCCCAACUGCCUGAAGAAGAUGACAGUUUUGACUACUCUGAAAGAACACAAUGGAUUCGAGCAGCUGUCUUGGGAGCUAAUGACGGUUUGGUCUCUGUUGCAUCACUGAUGAUGGGAGUUGGAGCUGUCAAACAAGACGUGAAAGCAAUGCUGCUAGCUGGGUUUGCCGGGCUAGUAGCAGGAGCAUGCAGCAUGGCAAUAGGGGAGUUUGUCUCUGUGUACACACAAUAUGACAUAGAGAUAUCCCAAAUGAAAAGAGAGGUGAUGAAAGGGAAUGGUGGAAGCGCGAGUGAGGAAGAAGCAAAGAAGAAGAAGCUGCCAAAUCCGGCGCAGGCUGCCAUAGCAUCGGCGAUUGCAUUUUCCAUAGGUGCAGUCGUGCCUUUGUUGGGAGCUGCAUUUAUCGGCCAGCACAAUGUGAGGAUGCUUGUGGUGGCUCUUUUGGCAAGUAUUGCACUGGUAGUCUUUGGAGGGAUCGGAGCAAGGAUGGGGAGGACACCUAUGAUUAACUCUUGUGUUAGAGUACUCAUUGGAGGAUGGAUGGCCAUGGCUAUCACCUUUGGACUCACCAAGUUGAUUGGCUCUGCUGGUUUAGACAUGUGA